AAAAGUUAGGAGAAGCUAGAUCUACGAGUAACACAUCAAAUCCGCGGAUCAAAUCUAACAAAACAUCAUCAGACCAACAAAUCGCAAAAAAAAUUGGGAGGCUAUUUUUCUGGGGAUUUUCAAAAUUGGGACAAAACACAACUAAAUUAGGCUAGAAAACAAAAGGAGAGACUCCAAAAUCGUGAUCAACCUUGGCUCAUGAUACCAAGAUGAUGUAGGGUGGAACCCUAGGGGGCGAUCUUUCAGGAUUUGGAAGGGGAUUCCCGAAGAACACGAUGAACACACAAGGGGAAAACACGAGGGGAAACGAGAGGAAACACUCAAAUCAACGAGAUUCGAUUACACAUGUGCUAGAUCCAAGUACACAAGAAGAGAUACACGAUCCAAAUCCAACAAAAGAUGAUACAAGCGGUAGGUAGUCCUUCCCAAUCCGUGAGGAGAUGUGGUCUUGAAUCCACGGGGGGAUCUUCCCUAGACGGGGUCUUAAAUCCACUUGGGGGGUCUUCUCCUAGGAGGCCUCGGUCUCCAAAUGGAGUAGGUAACAAGUGGAUGAGCAAAGCUCUAUCUCCAAAACGAGCUAUCAUAAUGCUAACCCUAAAAUGGUGGUGGAGGAGUGUAUAUAGUCUAGGGGGCGAAGGGUACAUGGACUUCCGCCCUUUCACUGUGCGCAGAAAGGGGCCGGAUGUCUGGGCUUUCAAGGCGGGCCGGAUGUCCGGGCUGAGGGGGCCGGAUGUCCAAGGUGGCUUCGGUUGCAUUCUGUGAAGAAUGCCGGAUUUCUGGGUUGGGGCCGGAUGUCCGGGGCACGCGUCGGGCCGGAGCCAGAUGUCCGGGCCCUGUAGCUUUGGCUGCUGAGGUUACAGGGGCCGGAUGUCCGGGUCCUGGGGACUUCUUCGGUUCCUUCCGUCGGUCCACUUCAUCCAUGAACUUGGAGAUUUGUCUAUCUUCACGUGCAUCUUCGAGAGAGUCCUCUUGGUACCUGAUCAUGCAGAACAUUGACUUAGGUAGUAGCCAUAUCUCAAGUGGGUCAUAUGGAAUAUCACUAAGAAGAGAUGUCACCUUGAUCUCGAGAGCUCUAGCACGUGCUCGUGCAAUCGGUCCACUUGGCACUUGGUGAGGCGUCGGUAGGUCUAUGGGGAUGACCAUAGGAUGCUCCACAUCAAUUACUCCUCACGAAAUUGACGUAGCAUGUGUGUAUGGCCAUCAGCUUGCUUUGGUGUUUUUUUUGUAUAAAAUUCAUCUGCUUCAUUCAAAUCCAAUUUACAAUAUAUGUAGACAGCGAUGGAUGGCCGGCUUCCGCAUGUGGACGGAUGCCGUGUCUGUUUAAGGGGUUUGCAUUGCAGAUGCCAGCACGUAGCAUGUGCGCAUGGCCAUCGGUUGGUUUGGUUGAACUAAAACCGCACAAAAUUUAGCAAAAGAAACGAGCGCUGGAGCGGGAAUGCGGGCACACAAAUACCACCCGCCACCCACGCCUCGCCAACAGCGGCGGCAUCUCCAGGACCGGUUGCCUCCAGUCGGGCACCGGAGAUGCAGGCGGCGGUAGCGGCGGCGGCAUGGACGCCGACCACCUCGCCGUCUACCUCCUCCUCCUCCUUCAAGGUUGGGGUCUCACCGCGCUUGCGUGGGAGGAGAACGCCCUCUGCCGCGGCAACUUCGGUUGCCGUGUCCACUCGCCAGCCGCUGGAAGUUGUUCGACCCAUUGCCGACCCGAAUCCGGUGGUCGAUUCGCCAUUAACCGCUGAAAAUGUGGAGCUUGUUCUGGAUCAAGUCCGGCCGUAUCUCAUGGCAGACGGCGGCAAUGUUGCCUUGCAUGAGAUCGACGGGAAUGUAGUGAGGCUCAAGCUGCAAGGAGCAUGCGGGGCGUGCCCGAGCUCGGUGAUGACCAUGAGGAUGGGCAUUCAGCGGCGUUUGAUGGAUGAAAUACCAGAGAUUGCUGCAGUUGAAGCUAUCACGGACAAGGAGGCUGGGCUUAAGCUGAACGAAGAGAAUGUUGAAAAGGUACUCGAUGAGAUCAGGCCAUACCUCACCGGCGCUGGAGGCGGUAAUCUCAGGUUUGUUGCGAUCAACAAAUUCUUCGUGAAAGUCCAACUCAAGGGCCCUGCAGCAGGUGUGGCGGCCGUCCGAGUUGCUGUAGCAAAGAAGCUCAGAGAGAAGAUCCCAUCCAUCACAGCUGUCCGGCUAUUGCCGUAAGCUUCAACUGCAAAGCAUUGCUGUGAAUAUCUGGUUAUCCAGGAAAAUGCUAUGAAUGUGCUAACUGAUCAGAUCACCACUGUAGCUGUUAGCUGGUAGCCCCAUGGAGAGUUUCUCAUCUCUAGUCAGAUGAUAUGCGACUAUUGAUGUGAAAUGUUGUAACAAGGUUCUUUUGGUCUCAUCCUCUUGGGAAGGAAAUGGAAAAGGUCAAUCUUGGUCGAAA